AGUGUCUGUGUAAGCAUUCCGCUUCGAGACGCGCACCUCCCUGCGCUGGCUGCACAGUUGCUGUGACGCUCGCACGCAGACACGCUCACACAGGCAGUGCUGCUAGUGUGUCGCUGAAGGCUGCAUUUCCAAACGCAGGCAGCCUGGCAUCAUCGUGAUAAUAUUCUCUACAACCAUACAGGCAGGAGGCGGACACAGAGGCUGCGGAUUGCACAAGCGACUCUUUUGUCGUUGUUGUAGAAUACAGGGAUAUUUAACUUAAAAGAAGAAGCUGCCAGUUGACGCUGAAAGAACAGAGGCGUUUUAAAGAGCCCCCGAGCUCUCAGAAUCCUGCCCAACCUGCAAGGGCAUCUGAAAGCAGCCUUCAUCUCAACGAGUGUAACCGGGCGUGUUUCCCUCCUGAGAGGUGUGUAGUUCUGGGAUCAUGUGACAGUGGACUGCCCGGUGACAGGUUUCCUCUUCCAGCAGCAGAGAGAGUGAGGAGGCAGGCAGGCAGGGUUCACCCACUCCGAGCCGCUUCGUACCCGAGCUCGGAGAGACGGACUGAGCGAUGGGCGUCGGCAAGAACACCAAGUCUGCGGAGGCAGGGGGCGGGGCCGACGGGAAGUACGACGACGAAUCAAAACAGUCGGAGUCGUUCUAUCCUGUGGUUGUCAACGGAGGAGCCCAGUCUAACGGGGACCAAGACACUGAAGACACUGAGCUCAUGGCAAUCUACUCCAAAGAGAACGGCACCACGGAGAAGAGCUCUCUAUCAGAGACGCUGGACAGCGCUACCAGUCUGGACGCCCAGCGUAUGGACAUGAUCUACACUAUUGAAGACGUCCCUCCCUGGUACCUCUGUGUAUUUCUGGGCAUGCAGCACUAUCUGACGUGCUUCAGUGGCACCAUCGCUGUCCCCUUCCUCCUCGCUGAGGCCAUGUGUGUCGGGUUUGACCAAUGGGCUACGAGCCAGCUGAUUGGCACAAUCUUCUUCUGCGUGGGCAUCACAACGCUGCUUCAAACAACCUUCGGGUGCAGGCUCCCUCUGUUUCAGGCCAGUGCUUUUGCCUUCCUUGCCCCGUCCCGUGCCAUCCUCUCCCUGGACAAGUGGAAAUGCAACACCACAGAUGUCUCAUUUAUGAACUCCACUCAGUUACUGCACACAGAAGAUAUCUGGCAUCCACGGAUACGAGAGAUCCAGGGUGCGAUCAUCGUCUCCUCUCUGAUCGAGGUCUGCAUCGGUUUUCUGGGGCUCCCUGGGGUUCUCCUGAAGUACAUCGGGCCCCUGACCAUCACCCCCACCGUGACGCUCAUCGGCCUGUCCGGCUUCCAGGCCGCCGGGGAGCGAGCGGGCAAGCACUGGGGCAUCGCCAUGCUGACUAUUUUCCUGGUGCUGCUCUUCUCCCAGUACGCCCGCAAUGUCCAGUUACCCUUCCCAGUCUACAAGUCCAAGAAAGGCUGGACUGCUUACCGUCUCCAGCUCUUCAAGAUGUUUCCUAUUAUCAUGGCUAUCCUGAUGUCCUGGCUCAUCUGCUUCAUUUUCACCGUGACGGACGUCUUCCCCCCCGAAAAGGACAAGUACGGGUACUACGCCCGCACAGACGCGCGCCAGGGCAUCCUGGCCGCAGCCCCCUGGUUCAAAGUGCCCUACCCCUUCCAGUGGGGAGUUCCGACGGUGUCUGCGGCCGGCGUGAUCGGCAUGCUGAGCGCGGUGGUGGCCAGCAUCAUCGAAUCGAUCGGUGAUUACUACGCCUGCGCCCGCCUCUCCUGCGCCCCCCCACCUCCCAUCCAUGCCAUCAACAGGGGGAUUUUCAUUGAGGGGCUCUCCUGUGUGCUGGACGGCAUGUUCGGGACGGGGAACGGAUCGACCUCCUCCAGCCCAAACAUCGGAGUGCUGGGGAUCACCAAGGUGGGCAGUCGGCGUGUGAUCCAGUACGGCGCUGCGAUGAUGUUGCUGCUGGGCAUGGUGGGGAAGUUCAGCGCGCUGUUCGCCUCUCUGCCAGACCCCGUCCUGGGGGCGCUCUUCUGCACGCUGUUCGGGAUGAUCACGGCGGUCGGCCUCUCUAACCUCCAGUUCGUGGACCUGAACUCGUCCCGGAACCUCUUCGUUCUGGGGUUCUCCAUCUUCUUCGGGCUGGUGCUGCCCAGCUAUCUGAAAGAGAACCCACUGGUCACAGGUAUCGAGGGGAUUGACCAGGUCCUGAAUGUCCUACUGACCACGGCCAUGUUUGUUGGCGGCUCCGUGGCGUUCUUGCUGGACAACACCAUCCCAGGCACGGCGGAGGAGCGCGGGAUCAAGAAGUGGAAGCGAGGGAUUGCCAAGGGGAAUUCCGAACUGGAGGGCAUGGAAUCCUACGACCUGCCCUUCGGAAUGUCUUUCCUCCGGAGGUACCGGAUAUUCCAGUACAUGCCCAUCAGCCCCACCUUCGCGGGGUACAGCUGGCGGCCCUGCGCCAAGAAGGGGACCCCCGAAAACAGAGGGGCGCAGGAGAGCGGCGGAGGGAGAGAGCUGGGGGUAUAGCCUGGGUAGGGGGGGGGCGCCGUGAUGCGACCCCCAGGUAGAGUGGGGGGGGGCCGAGGUUUUAGUUUGUUUGAAGAUUUUUAAAACGUUUUAAAAAGUGCUUUUUAUUUUUUUUAUUUUUUUUUAAAAGCCGAAAUGCACUAUUGAAAUUCUGAAAGGAAAUUUUGAAAUUAUUAACAGUAAUUGAACCCGGCUGUGCAAGUACAUUAGAAAUCCCGUUUGUAGUUGGAGCUUUCUGACUGUCUGUGCUUGUUAUAGGAGGUCGGAAGUUCUUUUUCAGACUAGAUACUGUAACAUAUGACCUUGCACUUGUAAUACAUAGUCUUAAUCCAGAGGACUGAAAGAUCCUUACCGACCAAAAAAAAAAAAAGUUUCCUUCAAAUCAUUUUUUUAAAGCGUUUUUUAAGACUUUGAAGCCGGCCCUCCUAACAGAGAGUAUAUCUGUGUGUGUACCUAUCUAUCAACGUAUAUCUGUCUACCUGCUGAAAAUCUUGAAACUGCUCUUGUCUGUUCUCCUCAUGGUCUCAAUAUGCAUCUAGUGAAAGUUCGGCAUUGUACGGAAAACCUGCACCUUAAUGAAAGGUCAUGAAGUUUAUUUUCUAUUCUUUUUUUUUUGUAUUGCUCCAGUGAGGAAAACGUUGUUAUGAAGCACAGGGCCCUGAUUCUCAAGCAAGUUGAAAUGUCCCACAGAUUCUGUUAGGAAGGCUUGGUGACCUGUAAGCGGGCACUUUCAGAGCGGAUUUCUGAUCGUUGUUGUGCGCUUCAGAGCUCAGCCAUUACUGCGCGAGUCAGGGAGGCACAAAUCUGCUCAGCUGAUUCUCAACGUGGCCUUUUUCAAACAAGAAAAAUCUUUUUCGCAACUUUUAAAAAAAAGUUUGCUAAGCUAGUUGCAGACAGAUAAAACUGCGUUACCAUAAAAGUUUCGUUGAAGUUUUGCAAGUUACUGAAACGCACAUCUUCUAGGAUACCAAAACAAAUGUGCCAAUUUUUUUACACUGGAGCAAUAAAAAUAAAAAAAAUCUCUUAGAUGGGAAUUAAAACUCCAAUUGCAUAACAGCGCAAGCUAUUCCAGGUUUUACUGUGAGCUUCUGUUAUCGUGUUGCGUUCAGCCUGCUGUGCAAUACGAGUGCGCUGCAGGAGUCUGCGUUUGACCGGCUCUCGCGGCUGCAGUUGCAGUGUUCGCCCACCAGGUGGUAGCCAGGAGCACUUUAGCGUGGUUCAGAGGCUCCCUCUCCUGGUUUAGAGAGGGUACUGCAGCUCCAGGUAUCUGCGGUGUUGAAUCAAAAACCAUACUACAGUGGCUUUAAAAAUUCACUAGAGAGAGCGGUCGAAACGCGGCUUAAAUUCCCAGCCUUGGGGGUAAAACCUUCUGUAAGUAGAUGUUAAUUAUAAAUAGUACUGUCAUUGUUAUUAUUAUUAUUAUUAUUAUUGUUGUCGAUGUUCAAACUUGUUAUAGAAACGAAAUGAAUGGUGGUGUCUAUGCAGUGUGUCUCAUUGCAGAGUAUUUAUUUUUUACUUCUAGUUUUUCUUUAGAUUAAUGGAGUGUCAGUACCUCCUGUUGGGGGGGUGGGGGGGGGGUAUAUAUGCUACAUUUGUGUAUUUAUUCAAUCAGUCACCUGUUAGUUGCCUAACACCUCUGUUAAAUACUAAACUAAGAGAUGUUUCUUCAUUAGGGUCGUUAAGAAUGGAGGGUUAGGAUCCCAACCCGUCUUUUAUAGACCUCGUGUAUUUGAUAUUUCUGGCCUUUUGAAAUGGGAAGACUCUUCCUAUAUACAUAUAAACGUCCACCCGCUGGCUCUCUCAUCUCUGCUGCUGCAGCAAGAGAGAGAAAGAGGAGACUGGGAGUUUGUACCUCUACAGAUUCCUUGCAGUAUAGCAGGGGUCUCUGGAGAGAGACAGGGUCGUUUUCACACCAGCUGAGUUCUCAGUUACUUCAUUGAACACUUCAUUGAACUACUCAUUAGCUUAAUUAGACCUUUUUAAUUGUUUUCAACUUUUAAACAGUUGGAGAUUUCAAGUUAACUAUUCCAUUUUAUAAGUAACUUGAAAUCUGGAACUUGUUAGGUGCUAAGGUCUAAUUAAGCAAAUUAUCAGUUCAAUUACGGGUCUAGUUAAGUAAUUGAGAGAUCAGGUUUAAUGAAAACCAGGAGACCCAGGACUGGGGUUGAGAACCGCUGGUGUAGAGGACAGGAAGUAUAGCUUUAUGUUUCCUGGGGGGGGGGGGGGGGGAGUUUAAAAAUACUUUUUUUUUGUAUUUUUUUAUUUAUCAUUAAAGACUUUCUACCCCACCCCCCUCCCGAAAAAAGAUAUAUAUCUAGAUAUAUAAAUAUAUAUUUUUUUAAGGAAUUAAAAGUUUAUAAGCCAGUCACAUUUGUUUACCUGUUUUUGUUAAAACAAAUGCAGCUACAAUACGGGGCCAAACCCUCUCUUGCAGCGAGUACAAAGUUGGUUUUAAUCCACACUACUUGAAUGCGUCUGUGUUUUGUAUUGUCUGGCUGGGCUGCAGUUCUGGCAUCUGCCCACCAGAUGGUAGCAAGGAGCCUCUCUUUAUUGUGAGGCUCAGGAUCGCCAUCUGGUGGAAAAGAAGGGUACUGCAGCUCCUUCUUGCACGCAAACAAUUGGAGCCUUAGGUCCAAAAGUAACAUUUUCUCAAGUCAGAGUUUAAUGGUUAUCGAUAAUAAGAAUUAUAUUUGAAUAUGUGACAGUUUUGCUGGCUUUGUUAGAUGAUUUGAACAGUACACAAAGUAAAGAAAUCAAUUCAUUGUAUCUCAAUAAAACAAAGUGAAAACAAUAAGUAUAGCCUUGCAUGUUCUCUCGUUCUUGCACCUGUAUGUAAUUCCCCAAAUUCACCUCCUCCCCAUGCAAAUGUAAUCAACCCAGGGCUGAGAUGGAAGCAAUGUCACUGUGAGAUUGUGGCUGUGAUGUCAGACCCGACCAUUGAAAUGAACUGACAUCUUCUUUUGCUGUUCAGCCCACAACCUGACCUGGGUUCGAAUUGCUUUCUGUCUUUUGAAGAUCUGCAAGUCGCUAGUGUUAAUAAAUGAGAACUGUUACAAAGGGGAACGUUUAUAGAAGAGGGGGAUUCUGGGUACAAACAAUAGCUGAAAAUGAAAUCCUUACUAUGGGAGGAGUUUCACUGUUAAUGGAGCAGAUUAAAAAAUGUUCUAAUAAUUACAAAGUAACCUGUCCUCAAAUGAGGACAGUGGCACUCAAUGGGUUAAGGUGCUUCAAUAGUAAAUAUUUCAUUUUUGAUCGUUGCUUGUGUGUCGGGGUGGGGGGGUACCCCUUAAAUUCCGAGAAGGGGACACUCUGUAGUGAUGCCAUCAUUUCGUUCGAUCAAUGGUGUAACGGGUAACGGUGAUUGUGUGUGUAUUUUCUUGGAGUUCGUUUCUUUGUUGCUGCAGUGGGAUUACACGUCCCCCAGUCUCUCUGAUCUCUCCAGCAGUGUCUGUCGUGAGUGUUUAACAUCGCCACUGCAACCGAUAUUUAACAGCCAGUUUCAAUCCCAGAUUUCCAAGUGAAAACGAUUUAUUCAUUUUAAACAAGUCUUUAUCAUCUCGGAAGUUGACAGACUUAAAAUAAAGAGCCCUGCUCAUUAUAUAAUGCAAAACUUUAAACACUCAAUCAAGGACGUACUUUAAGUCUAGCAGAGAAUGUUUUGGCCUGAAGGCUUCAUCAGCUAAAUCAAAGAGUCAGUUCUGAAAUAAUGCCUCCCGGUUAUAUCAGGCAGACAAACCCUCGUCCACUAGAGGGAGUACGGGAGCCGAUGUCAGCUCCACUCAGUGUGUGCAGAAUGCGACAGUCUGGCCUGUUGUUCUAAUGACACAUCUCGCCACAAUCUUUCAACUGGAAUAUCAAGACCAGAUCCUCCCCCGGUGUAGUGCAUUGUUAAACAUCCUUGAUCUAAACUGCUUUCAUUACUUUUUCUCUUCUGAUUUUGUAUUUAUUUAUUUAUUUUUAUUUACUACGAAACCCCUCUCCUCCCUCCUAAACGUUUAUCUGCGACGCGCUUGCACACUCCCUGCUUCCUGAUCGCUGAGUCUGCCUUCUACCCGAGAGACCAGACCCCAAACCUCGCUCUGCUCUCGCCCUUUACUUUGCAAUUGUAUCUGUGCCUCUUAAUGUAUUAAUAGAACUAGGAUUCACAUCUCAUAGGAGUAGCUCAGUCUGGAUUUUAAAUCUUUGUGAAAGUCCAAACUUUUGAUGAGUGCAAUUACGAUCCAGCUACAACACUAUAAGUUCACCAGCUCCAACCUCACUGUAAGUUUAAUGGUUCUUUCCCUGUUCACAUCCUGUGUUACAGGUACUUGGGCCCCACCUGAUACCGUGCCGCACUAUGUGCGGUUUAGAUGGGGGCCCUAUUUUCUGUAACACAGGAAGUGAAGUUAUAGUGUGGUGGCGCUGUUUGGCGCACAGAGUAACGGAUGUUACAAUCAGUUCAUUAAGCUUCAGCACGCAGGGAGCUGUUCUGUCUCGUACGUUUUGAGAAUAAAAUACAAAAAAAAGUGUCUGAUUCUGCCAUUUGGCGACUGUAUCCACUUUGAAUUGCCUACCACUGUACUAUAGGUCCACUUCCUGUGCAGCGGGUAAUAAGGUCCCUUCUGAUCCCGCAUGUACAACACAGUGGGCAAUUUGCCUAUAAAACACAUUUAAGUUUGCCUCAAAUCUGCAUGCAGUUUGCCCAUAUGGAGGCCAGCGAGUGUGUGGUUCAGGUAGGGUGCCAGUAUCCACUGCACAGAACUAUAAAUAAUGACUAUAGGGUGAUAUAGUGGUGGCCAUUGUGUUGUAUUAUUCUGUAUGGUAUACUGGAGUAAACUGUCAGGUUUUAGAGCAUUUUACAGCACUGGCUGUCUUAGAGCAUCAUGCACAAUUAUGUUGAUUACCUUUAACCCAUGAAGCGCCGUUGUACUCAUUCGAGGACCGGCUACUUUCUCAUUUUUUGGAGCAUUUUCAACUGGAGUCUACCUGAUUAUUUUAAUUUUCUGUUUAUCUAUAUUGUUAUGAUAACUGACUCUAAUUUUGUUAACCACAAAAGUCAAGUCUAAAUGUAACAAUUCUGCAAAUACAGCCCUUCAGAUGCGUUUAUGACGCCUCAAUAUAAAAUAAAAAAAUGAAGCUUAAAAAUGAUAAAUGUCUUGGUGUUUUCCUCCCUGCAGUGAUGAUCAAGCUCCAUUUUCUAUGUGUUGAGCUUCAUAGCCGGAGUGAGAUUUCACCGUUCUGUAUGGACACGUCUAACUGGACUGUCCUCAAAAUAGGAGGCAGCAGUUUGUAGCCCAAAAAAUUUCCACUUUACAAUAAAUAUUGAUUUUGUAUCAAACUCCAUAAAUAAAUUUCAUAAAUACAGACGGCUGGUGUUGCAAUCCAGGGAGAUUCUCCAGUGCUGUAAACUGCUCUUCAGAUCCAGCUGGGGCUGAUCAAAUGGACCCCUUGUUGUUAAUCGAAGUAAAGCUGCUAAAAUGAGUAUCAUGAUAACACUGGUGAGAGAUCGCUUGCAGGAAGGAGCUGUCCCGCUGCUGUGAGAGGUUUAUUGCUUGGUUUGUACCAGACCCUGGAUUCAGUUACAAUGACAAUGCAAUUCUGUACAGCUAUAAUUGGUUACAAAUAUGCUGCAGUGAUUAAAAUUACACUAAAAAGUAACCUAAAACAACUACAUAUAUUAACAUGUUUACUCUGAACCCAGAAACAAUCGCAGCUACAAAUACAGAAACAUGCUGUGCAAUUUUUUUUUUCUCAAACAAACGAGGUCAUCAAAAGUGGUUGCAAAUACAAGAGUAAUGAAUCGAAUGACAAAUGUGUAAUUGACUGUAGUGGAUCAGUGGUAUCAUUCUAAUUAUGCAGGCGUGCCACGGUUCAAGUGCACACAAAUUGUAGUUUGCCCUCGGUCUGGUUUGUACAGUUCAGAAAGAGUUUUUAUAAAUAUAAAUGUACUCCAGGUGUCUGCAAAUGUAAAAUGAAACAAUUGUGCAAAAUGUAGACAUGUUAUUAUUGCAUGCAAAGAGACAAGCCUUUCAAUUUUAUGAAAGGGAUAUCGAACCUGAAACUGAAGUGUUGACAUCAUCAUCAUCAUCAUCAUGUUUUCUUGUAUUAUUAUUUUCAAAUGCAUAUUUGCGAUGGAAUUGGAUCCAAGAUCCUUUCAGGCUGAAAAACGCAUAAAUUCUUUCUUUCUGUUUUUUUUAAAGAAAAAGACUGCUUGUGUUUUUAAAGGUAGUAGCUCUAUUGUGUUUUUUUCAUCAUAGUUAGAAUUUUUCAUAAUGUAUUUUUUUCUAACAUUGCCUCCUGUUCAUGUUUUAAAAUGUUCAAUAUAUUAAAGUGUGCUUUUAAUAACCUGGACCAGAUCUUGUGCUUAAAUAACAAUGACCCUGUUUUACUCUGUAUUCCGCAGACUGUCUGUUUAAUAAAAGCUCAUGUUGAAGAGAGAUCUUU